CUACGUCAAAAUAGAUUUAUUAAGGAAUAAAAAAAAGGGCAAAAUGAAUACAUAUGCUUUGGUGCCACGCAAUUUGUUAGGAGACCAAAGACCGAUUUACCCAAGCUUGAAAGGUCACCAGUCUAGCCUCUUUUCUUACUGGUUUUAUUAUAUACAUAUAACUCGCCAUAUGUAUUGAAAAGCAGCCAUUUUCUUGUUUAGCAAAAUGAAAUUUGAAAGCAGCAAUUGUUCAUUCAGCAGUGUGGCCACCAUAUUUUGGUGUGCCAGUUUGUUGCUGGUAGGAUGGUUUCCGACCCUUGUUACUGGAAUCAGAAUCAAGGGGCACGAGAGCGAUGAGGAAGCAUUGCUGGCCAUAAAGUCACAAAUUAAUCACGAUCCAUUUGGAGUAACUAAGUCGUGGAACAGAUCAGUGGCCAUGUGCCGUUGGCAUGGAAUAACUUGUGCCCCAAGGCAUCAAAGGGUCACCAAGUUGAACUUAAGCCAGAAAGGGUUGAGAGGCAGCUUAUCUCCCUACGUAGGGAACCUCAGCUUCCUUAGGUUCAUCAUCCUCCAGGACAACAAUUUCCAUGGUGUCAUCCCCCCUGAAAUUGGCCGACUUCCAAGGCUGGAAACUUUGAGUUUAUAUAACAAUUCAUUUGGAGGAAGAAUACCACCCAAUUUGACCCAUUGUUCUAACCUCAUUCUGUUUAGAGCUUCCUCGAACAAGUUGAUCGGGAACAUCCCAGUGGAGCUUGGCAAAUUGGUGAAGCUUGAAAAUUUGGAGAUUGCUCACAACAAUCUAACAGGACAUCUGCCGACUUCUCUUGGGAACGUUUCUACUCUCCAAGACAUCAACUUAGAAGGAAACUACUUGGAAGGAGGAUUGCAAGUUACGUUAGGCUUUCUAAAGAGGUUAGCUGUGCUUAAGCUUGAUACUAACAACUUCUCUGGUUUCUUUCCUCCUUCAAUUUUUAAUCUCUCUUCACUCCGACUCUUAUCUCUAGUAGACAAUCAACUUUCUGGAAGCCUCCCUUUUAGCUUAGGCUAUAGUUUGCCAAACCUAAGCGGAAUUUAUAUAGGAGGUAACUAUUUUAGUGGAACUCUACCCGUAUCUUUAUCCAACGCUUCCAAGUUACAGGGAUUUGACAUUUCUUACAACCAUUUCAGUGGCAGUGUGUCCAUUUCUUUUCGAAACGCCCAUAAUCUAACAUGGCUUAACAUGGAAAGCAAUGAUCUAGGUGGUGGGACUACUGAUUUAGAUUUUAUAACCACCAUGACUAAUUGUAGCAAAUUGGAAGUGAUUAGCCUUGCUGCCAACAAAUUUAGUGGUUUGCUACCAAAUUCUAUAGCUAACCUGUCCAUAUCACUCCAACAAUUAUCUUUAGGUGAGAAUCAUAUAACUGGCUCCAUUCCUUUGGGGAUAGCAAACCUUGUAAAUCUAAUCGGAAUUGGUUUGGCCGAGAACCGCCUCACCGGUACUAUUCCUGCUUCCCUUGGUAUGCUUAAAAAGCUGCAAACUUUGUACUUGGGUGGAAAUACUUUAACAGGGACGAUCCCUGCCUCUGUAGGAAAUCUUUCAGUACUAACUCGGAUGACUUUAGAAGAAAACCUAUUAGAGGGAAGCAUACCUGCCGAAUUCGGAAGAUGUCAAAUUUUAAUAAUGAUGGCGUUGGGCUCCAAUAAGCUAACGGGUUCAGUUCCCAAAGAGAUAUUUAGUAUACCUACACUUUCAAUUGCCCUAGAUCUGUCCGAUAACCUUUUAAUAGGCUCCAUUCCUUCAGAUAUAGGAAACUUGGUAAAUUUGGUAUAUCUAAAUAUCUCUAACAACAACUUCUCUGGCCACAUUCCUGCUGCUCUCAGCGGCUGUACAACCUUGGAGACUCUUUCUUUGGGGGAGAAUCAUUUUGAUGGAAGUAUCCCAGACUCUUUAAGUUCUUUGAGAAGCAUUGCAGAAUUAGACCUGUCCAGCAAUAAUUUGUCCGGUCAAAUUCCAGACUACCUAGAAAAGUUAUCUUUCUUGAAAUACUUGAAUCUCUCUCACAAUCGAUUUGAAGGGCCAGUGCCGACCAAAGGGGUUUUCAAUAACGCCUCAGCGGUUUCACUAACUAGGAAUGGCAGGCUUUGUGGGGGAAUUGCUGAAUUGCAUCUUCCAUCAUGCCCCUUCACCCACCCUAAGGAUCCAAAAACAAGUGUUCCGCUCAAAUUAAUCUGGAUUGUUUGUGGGGUUCUUGGAAUUCUCAUGCUCUCAUCACUCCUUUUCUGUUGGUUGAGGAAAAGAGGAGUAAAAGCAAAGCCUUCAUUGGCUUUCCGCUUAGGAAAUUCAAUUAUGAUGGUUUCUUUCCACCAGCUCCUCAAAGCUACUGAUGGAUUCGCUCCAGCCAACUUGCUCGGCCAAGGAAGCUUUGGUAAUGUGUACAAAGGAAAUUUAUAUCAAAACCAAGAGCAAAACGUAAUUGCGGUGAAAGUGAUGAACCUACAAGUGCAAGGUGCUUCCAGGAGUUUCCUCACAGAAUGUAAAACCUUGAGAAAUGUGAGGCAUCGAAAUCUUGUCAAGAUCAUAUCUGCUUGCUCCAGUAUUGAUUUUCAAGGCAAUCCUUUCAAAGCCCUCAUCUACGAGUUCAUACCCAACGGGAGUUUACAUCAAUGGUUGCAUGAUACCAUCCAACACGGAGAACCAAAGAUCUUAAACUUCCUUCAAAGGCUAAACAUUGCAAUUGAUGUGGCCUUGGCACUUGAUUACCUCCAUCACCACUGUGAGGUGCCCGUAGUUCACUGUGAUUUGAAACCAAGCAACAUUCUGCUUGACCAUGACAUGGUUGCUCGUGUUGGAGAUUUUGGACUAGCCAGGUUUUUCCCAAAAUCAAUGAACAGUUUAUCUGGAAACUCUUCAAGCACUCAUUGUUUGAAAGGAACUAUCGGCUAUGCUCCGCCAGAAUAUGGCAUUGGAACGGAGGCAACAACAAGCGGAGACAUGUACAGCUUCGGAAUUCUACUGCUUGAAAUAUUCACUAGGAAGAGACCUACCGAUGACAUGUUUAAAGAUGGACUAACACUUCACCUGUUCUCAAAGAUGGCAUUGCUGGAUCAAGUGCUUGAAGCUGUUGAUCCGUUGCUUUUACCUGGGGAUAACGAAAGACAAAGCGCGAGCAGCAGCCGGAACCCAAGGAGAGCAAACAUGGAAGAAACCAAAAUGAAAGAGUGCUUCAUUUCCAUCUUGAAAGUUGGAAUCGCUUGUUCGGUUGAAUCACCUACAGACCGGAUGGACAUUGUGGAUGCAGCCAAGGAACUGCAUUUUAUCAGGGACAAAUUUGUAGGGACCAGAAUCCGAACAGAAAGAGAAAGAGCAAAUCAUCUUUAGAAAAUGGAGUUUGCAUGUCUUUGAUAUUUGUGCAGUACUUGUAUCUAAAUUUAGGAAAGUUUUGUAUGAAACAUUGACGUUAUAUUAUCUGUUUCUUUUUCUAAUAAUUUUAUGCCACAUCAGUAUUCUUAUUCUGAAUUUUAACAUUUUAUUUUGAAAAAAUUAAAUUUAAAUUAAAAUCUUAAAAUUCAAGAUAAAAAUAUUGUUGUGGCAUAAAAUUAUUGAAAAGGGUUCUCCUAAAUCUAAGCCUUGUUUAAUAUAUUUUGUUUUAAAUUUCCAGUCGCUA